CGAAGUUGGCCACUUUUGAAACACUUGUUCCGCCUCGUUCGUUCAGUCGUUGACGCAGUUAUCUUUCGCACUCGCAUCACGUCGGUUGCCCAACCAGCUUUCAUUUUUUCCUAACGACCAAAGAUUAUUCUUCUCUCCCAAUAUUCAAAAUUGUCGUCCCUCCAGUCCCAGCAGUCUCCCGAUAUUGGUGUGCAAAACUUUGUGAAAAAUUUCAUUUGAAUGCGCGACUUUUCUCUCCUCUCCGACCACUAUCGCAAUAUGUGAACAAUUUUUAAUCCCCUCUCGUUGUACUCUCCUUAUCGGAGGAUCCACGGUUUAAGGUAUCAAUGCCAAACGAACGAAUACCCUCGCCGUAGUUCGCUAGCAAGCCUUCUCCAGGGGCGUUACAAAGCAUACGAUAUUCCAAACGGUUCCAAUCCGAUUGGAAAUUCACUCAAAUAUACUCUCUCCCAUGUAUUUAAAUAUACAGAUAUAGAGCCUCGUAAGAUUAUUGCACACCGGCACGAUCGUGAUAAUCCGUAGUCUUCGACAUUCAACGAGAUACUCGGGAGCAGUCAGUACGCGUCAGUCGUUUACGAACAAAACAUCGCGAGGUAGCUAACCCGAUACGCCAGUUAAAUCCGGAGACAAAGGCUUUUUUACUCGCAUUAUGAAGCGUCCGUAAACAGUCGGUCGAGAAGAAACGAAAAAGUUGAACACGAGACAUUUGAUAUUGGAUUUUCCAUCGGAUUGUUGAGACUCCUGCUCAGUUUUAUUUUCUGUGUUAUGACAGCAGACGAGCUGGGAUUGUUUCGGACGUAGUGAGCAACUGGUGAAAAUUAGAGACACGAUAAUCGUGAUAACGCGUGAUGGAAAACGAGAACGACUGGCUGGUUCAUGUGACGAAAGGUUCUUUUCAUAACGAAUACAUUCUCGGCGAUAUAAUCGGCAGAGGCUUGACAUCGACAGUGCACAGUUGUCUGCACAAGGGCAGGAAGAAGUACGCUUGCAAAAUUAUGCCAAAGACCAGGUUGAAGGAGGCUGAUACCAGCAGGAAAUUGCAAGCUCUUCUGAAAUUACGUCACGAUAACAUAGUGUCUGUAAAAGAAGUUUACGAGGAUGAUUUACGAAUAUUCGUGAUCGAGGACCUCGCCGCGGGUGGUGAACUCCUCGAGAGAUUGGCAUCGAGGGGCGGUUAUUCGGAGCGGGAUGCGGCGAACGCUGUGCGAGAUGCUGCAGCAGCCCUCGAGUACGUACACUCGAUGGGACUCUGCCACGGGAAUUUGAGACCAGAGAAACUCCUUUAUGCGAAUGAAAACGAAGAUUCGAGGUUACUCUUGGCCGGAAGUGAGACGACAAACAGAUCAUUAAAUUCCUACAAAAUGUUAUAUUGCGCACCCGAAGUGAUAUCGACCGGGGAAGCUGCUCCUUCAUCAGAUAUUUGGAGUCUCGGGAUCGUUCUUUACAUAAUGCUCUGCGGUUUCGAACCAUUUCGAAAAGCCGCCGAAAUGUUUCCGUCUCCGUACUGGGACGACAAAACCGAAGAAUCAAAACGCCUCGUAACUCAGCUAAUGCGCCAAUCCCCGAACGAGAGACCAACGGCGGCCGAUUUACUCACUAAUUCUUGGAUCCGAGGUGAAAAAACUGCGAAACAUUCCAUGCACGAAGUCGCGCAACAUCUUCGAGAAUUCAAUGCCCGAAGAAAAUUUAAGGCUGCAACACACGCUGUGAGAGCCACCCAUCGCGCAAUUGCUAUGACUCAGUGUCAUGGAGCAGUAAUCGGAUGAAUUAUUUCAACACGACAAUCAGACCGAAAAUAGCUACAAAUUCGUAAUGAGAAAUUUUCUAUUGAAACGGGAGGCGAAAAAUUUUUCAUAGUUUGGGUUACGAGAAACAAUGAAAAUUCACAAUCGCCCAUUGAAUUCGUUCUUUCGAACUUUUUGAAGAAAAAGAAGAUGAAAAUAUUAUUAAUCAAUUUUUGUUUUUAUUUGAACAAUUUUUUUCUUGCCUUCUUGAAAUUAUACAGUGCGAAAUGUCAAAUCGUGAUAAGUACCGAAGUCUAUUUGGAAUGUAAUUUUUUUCUGAACUUGCGACCGUGCCAAAAAUCUUAUCACGAUUCACGAUGGUUUCAAAAGUACGCGAAGGGAACGCAUUUACUAUUCAUCUUAUUGUAAUUGUGAUGAGUAUAAUUUAUAAUAUUAAUAAACCGACACACGUCGCUGUUUCAUAA